ACGAUGAGAGAGAGAGAGAGAGAGAGAGAGAGAGAUUGUGAAUGUCAAUGUGAAGAAAAGCCAUAAAUGCGUGUUGGUUGAUGUGGUUUUCUUAUUUUUAUCUUUCUCUUGAGGACUAAGCAUUCCUAUCCUUCUUCCGCUUGCUCGGGUUCUUCCCAUCUUUCUCUUUAUAUAUAUAAAGGGUUUAAAUUCAUAUGCCUUAUAACAUCACCAACAACAUCUGAGCUAUAAUCCAAAAGCCUCCCCUCUAUUUAUAAAGCUCUGCAAUUUCUGACCCCCCACCACCUCCAGCUAUGGAUUUUAUAGCGCACCCAUCUCGUUUAUCUUCCUCCUUUUCCUACUCCUUUGAAAAUAUCUUCGACAGGGUUAAGGAUUUCUGCAACUUUGCGAUUUGUGCAAUUAUUGGGAACGUUUUCUCUGCGAUCUUCACCUUCUUCUUUGCUUUGGUGGGAACCUUGUUAGGAGCCAUGACUGGAGCUUUGAUUGGCCAAGAGACUGAAAGCGGAUUUAUUAGAGGAGCUGCGGUUGGAGCAAUCUCAGGAGCUGUUUUCUCCAUUGAAGUGUUUGAAUCUUCCCUUAUUCUCUGGCAAUCAGAUGAAUCCGGAAUUGGGUGUCUUCUCUACUUGAUUGAUGUCAUUGCGAGUCUCCUAAGUGGUAGAUUAGUACGCGAGCGAAUUGGUCCAGCCAUGUUAAGUGCAGUACAAAGUCAGGUAAUAUUAUACUGGAUGCUAGUUUUCAUGGAGACAUUAACUCACAUAUUAUACUUGCUUACUCUCUUCAUUUCUUAUGUGCUUAACCAGAUGGGCGCUGUUGAAUCAAGCUUUGAAGAAAUUCCUAACAUCUUCGACACAGGUGGGUCUAAAGGAUUGCCUGGAGAUUCAGUUGAAAAGAUCCCAAAGAUCGUCAUUACGAGCAACAAUAAUGUGGAUGCUUCUGGAGAUAAAGUCUCUUGUUCAGUGUGCCUUCAGGACUUUCAGCUUGGAGAGACGGUCAGAAGUUUACCACAAUGCCAUCACAUGUUUCACCUGCCAUGUAUAGAUAAGUGGCUCUUGAGGCAUGCUUCGUGCCCGCUUUGCAGAAGGGAUCUGUGAUGAUGUUCAUGUAAAUUACCGAAAUGAGUAAAGUUCUUUCAUUGAUUAUACAAAUUUUGUACCACGUUUCUCCUAUAUUGUUGUUUCACAGGCUGCUCCGGUAGUGUUCUUCAUGCUACACUGUGAGUUCAUGUAUAAAAUUUUGAUUAUGAUAGUUUUUACUGCACAGAAACUUCUUCUUUUCUAGUACACCCUUGUACUUAUUUCUACUAGAAAUAUUAUUGCUACGGUUGCAAGGCAUUUAGAAUCUAA